UUAUUGCCGUGCAUCACGUCCCAUUUUUGGAUGUGAAAACCCCUCUGUAAAUAACGAAUCAUUGCAACUACAAUCAUCUUGAACUGGGAGAUUCAUCAGAGCUCUCAUUCUUUAUCUCUGGCAUUUUAUUUUGUUAUUUUGUACCAUAGUGCUCAGUAUUUUGAUUUUUUUUCCACUGUCUAUAUAAUUGAAUGUUUUUGGGGUUUUGGGGGGCUUUUAAAAUUAAUUUUAACACUAUUGACAGUGUCAUCUCCAGCCAAUCGUUUUGAAGUUAUCUCUGCAUAUUGCACAAGCACUAUUCUAGUUGAUUUGGCCAUUUGGGUGAGAAGGCUCAGUUCAGUUUGGCAUUGGUGAGCCAUAAUGCCACCAAACAGUGGAGGUUAUACAGCCUGUGGUUUUAAACUGGUUGCAUUGAGGGGAUGUCAAAAGGUUUUUGCAUUGUCUCUUCUUUUUAUCAAACCUGUGGAGAUCUUUGGUUCUGUUUUAGCGGUUUUUGUUUUUUCCCUCAUUUUGUAAGUAUUUCAUUAUUUUAUUCCACUUCUUUCCAGAAAAAAAGUAGAUCUAAAAGAUUGAAUAAAAUGAUGGUGGUGGAGGACAACAGUUAAACACGUAUCUCUUGUUCUUUUUGCGUGGUGUGAUUGUGAAGCAGACAGUCUACAAAAUGCAAAUUUUAACUAUUUUAUGAAUGGGUUUCUUAGGUAAAUUUGAUUUGAUUGACCAAAUAAAUAAAAAUGGAGCCUGACUGGACUACUGGACUGACUGGACAACUUGAACAGACUGAAACGGGUCUUAAGGCUGUGGGGGCGCUGUGGUGUGGAUACCGCACGUCGCUCCCUGGUAGAUAUAGAAGAGGAAGAAGAGGCGGUGCAGCUGUUCAUUAUCCCAACCAAAGCGAGUGUGUGCGGGAGUGUGUAGGAGAGUGAGUUUGUGUGUUUGGAUCGGCUCUCUCGGCUCCUGCAGGGAGCUGCUGCAACUGCAAAGAUGUCCCGACAAAGUACCCUCACUGCAGCAGUGGCAACCAUGUUAGGAGCCACACUUGGAGGCCUGCUCCUGUGGCACACCAUAUACACACAGAAGAGAAAAGCCUUGAAAAGCCCCAAAAAGUCUGACCCCUUACCUGUAGAGCAGCUUGGACCUUUAGAAUGCAGUCCAACCCCGGUUCAGCUUUCACAACCGAAGCCAGCACCACGCAUUUCGAUACCAUCUGUGGAGAAGUUGCUGGAGGUGCCGGCGGUGGUGGUGAGCUCAUUAGAAGAAUGGGAAGAACACUGGCCUUCUUUCCAAAAGGACCUGAACAUCUUCCCUGUCCUGGGUUUGGACUGUGAAUGGGUAAAGAGCAUGCGUGUGUCCGUCAAAGGGAAAGCAUCUGCGGUCUCCUUGCUCCAAAUUGCCACGUACUCUGGCCGAUGUAUGCUGGUCAGACUGCUGGCAUUUCGCAAUGCCCAGCUGUCUCUGCCCAAAGGCCUCCUGCAGGUCCUACGGGACCCCCAUGUGCUGAAAGUGGGGGUCGGCUGUUAUGAGGAUGGCAAGCGCCUGGCCCACGACCAUGGCUUGGCUCUUGUGUGUGUGGUGGACUUGCGCUACUUAGCCCUUAGGCAAAGGCAUGCAGUGCUGAACAAUGGGCUGAGUCUGAAGUCUCUGGCUGCAGACCUGCUCAACGUCACCCUGGACAAAUCACUGGAGCUGCGCUGUAGUAACUGGGAAGCCGAGCACCUGACCCAGCAGCAGAUGCUGUACGCAGCGCGUGAUGCCCAGGUGUCCAUUUCCCUCUUUCUCUACAUGCUGGGCUUCCACUCUGAGCCCUGCCUGUUAGGUGAGGGAGAGACCGCCUACUCAAAGCUGGCCUCGCACUGCCAGGGCCUGGUGGACGUACCCUUUAGGACCCGCAGUGAAGGAGAGGAGGGCGAGCGCAGGCGCAGAAACCGCAGGUCCACUGUGGACAGCCCAGAGUCUGGAGACCAGCAAGUACCAGACCCCCGCAGAAACAAGCGCAAACCUCUCGGGGUUGGGUACUCAGCCAGGAAAUCCCCCCUGUAUGAUAAUUGCUUCCUUCAUGCACCUGAUGGCCAGCCACUCUGUACCUGUGACAAGAAAAAGGCAAAAUGGUACCUUGACAAAGGAAUAGGAGAGCUGAUGAGCGAGGAGCCCUUCAUCGUGCGUUUGCUGUUUGAACCGUCAGGUCGUCCCGACUCUCAGAAGGACUACUACCUAACAGCCAAGGAAAAUCUGUGUGUGGUGUGUGGAAAAGCGGAGUCCUACAUCAGAAAGAACAUUGUUCCACAUGAAUACAGACGCCACUUCCCAGCCGAGAUGAAAGACCACAACUCCCAUGACAUCCUGCUGCUGUGUACUUCCUGUCAUGCAGCGUCCAAUGUGUAUGACGGCUUCCUGAAGCAGCAGCUGGCUGAUGAGUUUUCGGCCCCUCAGGGUUGCGAGGAGGGUGUGAGGAUGCUGGAGGACUCAGACCGUCGACGGGUUCGUUCGGCUGCACGUGCCCUCCUCAGUGCCGGCGAGAGCAUGCCAGACUCAAGGCGGGAUGAGCUCCAGUCAAUCGUCCGUACUUUCUUCUGCAAAGAGGAGGAGCGAGACAGCGAGCUCACAGAUGAAAUGCUGCAGACAGCUGCAAACCUGGAGACCAGGAUUUUUAAUGAGAAUUAUGUGCCCCACGGGUUGAAGGUUGUGCGGGCGUACGCUGAACACGGCCUGCAGGGUCUGAUUGAUCUGGAGCGCCGCUGGCGCCAGCACUUCCUGUCCAGCAUGCAGCCCAGCUUCUUGCCCCCGCUCUGGUCCGUCGACCACAACCACGAGAAGUACCUACGCAAAUAUGGAAAGGACCUGGUCAUCAACCUGAACUGACCCCUCGUACUCCUCUCUCGCACAGCAGACUUUUGCAGUUUCUCCCUGCAGGUAGGAGGGUUGCUGCGAAGUGGGUCGGACCCAGGCGGUCUCUCCCCAAUCCUGUGAUGUCAUUUCAGUGUGUUCCAAAGAGAUAGACUUGGCUGGCUAGUGUCCCCGAUACUCAAUACUGUAUGAAAGAAGCCCAGCGCUGGUUCACAGACUGGCUGUAGAUGAACUGAAGAAGCAAGCCAGAGGUUCUCAGACUUGGACUUGGAAGUCACUGCGGUGAAUGAUGGAUCACUAAGCAAGACGAAGGGAAAAAUACAAGAAAGAUGAGGGUUAAAGACAUUAUGUGCACACUCCUUUAGAAGGGGAAGAAAAGAUGUGGUGGGAGAACAGUUCUCAGCUUGAAAUGAUUUUGAUACAUUUUAAACAGCUCAAACCAGCCCCUCGUUUCUUAAAAAUAAGUUUAAAAAAAAAUAUCUCGGUUAAAGUUGCUGCUGGUUUGUGGCCCUAUUAAAUAUUUUGAAUAAGUGUGUGUGGUAAAUCAUCGUUUUGCCCUGCAGGGCUGUUGACUGUGGUCAUAAUACCUCUCUUUUUUUUUUUGCCCCAUAUCUGAACAGUUGCUGUUACACUAUUUAUGUCGGUCUUUUAUAAUAGAUUUGACAUGACUAUAAACUGGACAUCUCCUUUUAGUUAACUUGUCUAGGAGUUUUUGGAACACUCUGGGCUCUCCAGCUGAACAAAUUAUUAUUA